AUGUCGGAACAACACACAGGGAUUUCGCAAACUUCCGGUCGACCACCCUUGCCACCGGACAAGGACAAGUUAAAACGCAACGACAAGAAGAAAUACAUCGUGAAGCGCGUUGAAGGCCAAACGCCCGUCGAGCCUCCGCCGAAUAACACAGUUGGUACAUGGCUAUCGAGUGAAGAAAGAAGUCGGCUACAAGCCGUGCAAAACGAUUGGAGGCAAAGCCGACCUACCAACAAGCCAUGGCUAAGACAACGGCAACGAGAGGAUAUUCCGGUGGCUCAUGAAAGAAAAGACGGUGAAGAAAACAAUCUAAGCAGACCUCAACCUUCGUACAGUGAACACGACGGCCACAACUUCACGAUAUUUGAUAGAAAUAGGAUUGUACCAAAAGAACCUCUCCCAACAUCUGAUGCCUCCGAAGGAUUGAUAAAUGCGGCUGUUCCAAUUCCCAACAAAAGCCUACUUGAACCAAAAGAGGAAGUUAAAGUAAAAGAAGAGGAAAAGGGGCCAGAAGAGGAUGAAGAAAAAGAAGAGCCACCAAGUGAUGAGUUUGAAGAGAAACCAAUAGACAAAAGUCCAGAUGGCCGUUUUCUCAAAUUCGAUGAAGAGCUGGGACGUGGUUCGUUCAAAACUGUCUUUCGCGGCCUGGAUACCGAAACGGGUGUGGCUGUUGCUUGGUGCGAACUGCAAGAUAGCAAGCUCAACAAGAUGGAAAGACAACGAUUUCGAGAUGAAGCUGAAAUGCUCAAAGGUCUACAACAUCCAAAUAUUGUACGAUUUUAUGAUUACUGGGAACGAACAGAUCCAACCGGCAAAAGAAAGUAUAUCGUUUUGGUGACCGAGUUGAUGACUUCUGGAACUUUGAAGAUGUAUUUAAAACGUUUCAAGAGAAUAAAUAUAAAGGUGCUGAAAUCGUGGUGUAGGCAAAUUUUAAAAGGCCUCUCAUUUCUACAUUCGCGCAACCCCCCUGUGAUUCACCGGGAUCUAAAGUGCGAUAAUAUUUUCAUUACGGGCACGACGGGAAGUGUAAAAAUUGGUGAUCUCGGAUUGGCAACCCUGAAGAAUAAAAGUUUUGCGAAAAGUGUCAUAGGCACCCCCGAAUUUAUGGCUCCCGAAAUGUAUGAGGAGCAAUAUGAUGAGUCUGUGGAUAUUUAUGCCUUUGGGAUGUGUUUAUUGGAAAUGGUCACUGGUGAAUAUCCCUACUCAGAGUGCCAAUUUCCAGCUCAAAUUUAUCGAAAAGUUAUUACGGGUACAAAACCAGAGUGCUUUAAUCGAAUACCGCAAACUUACCCUGAAAUCAAAGACAUCAUCGACCGAUGUAUUCGUUUGAGAAGAGAUGAGCGAUGUUCGGUUAAACAACUGUUAAAUGACGAUUUCUUCUUGCCUGAUGAACUUUUGGGAGUACGGGUUGAAAUAAAAAAUCGGGAUCUCGAUAUCUCCGAGAAUAAUCAAGAGAUACAAAUGCAACUACGGGUUUACGAUGAGAAAAAGCGAAAACAAUACAAGUUCAAAGAAAACGAGGGUCUUCAAUUUGCUUUUGAUAUUGAGAAUGAUACCGCGGAAGAGGUGGUUCAACAAAUGAUUGAGCAACAACACAUCCCUGAUGAAGAUUCAAGAAUGAUCACGAAGUUGAUCAAAGACAAAGUUGAACAGUUCAAACGAGACCGGGAAAUCCGCCAAGCCGAACUGAGGAGACUGGAGGAAGAGAAAAGGCAAAAAGAAGAGGAAGACGAAGUCAAAGAGGAGUUGCGUCAACGUGCUGCAGCCAAGGAAGCGGCUACGAGUCAAGGCCAAGGAACGAGCCAACCUUUGCCCGAGCCUCCUACGAAUCUCGUGACUGACGCUGAACCUAUUCACGCCGAGUCACCUCCUCAAGAAAUAAACCCUCAUGCUUUGAGCCCUGAUGGUGAACCUCGAAAGCGAACGAUCAAAAAGCGGCACAUCACUGUGGAAAUAUUGAAGCUUGAGUCAAGUGAAUCGGGGAAUACAACAUCAAAUCUUGUCUCUCUUCUUUUAAACACACCCUUGAAACAAGUAACUUUCCAAUUUGCGCCUGGCCAAGAUAAAUCGAACAUCAUCGCUGAUAAAUUGCUUGAUCAAGAAUGCAUGACCGAGGAGCAGGUGCCCGUGAUUAUCGAACAACUUGAGAAAGUGAUUAAGCUGGUCAUGAGCGAUCCAACGCAUUGUGUUGGCGCAAAAAUCGUGACAACGGUCGACGUCGUCAUUAAUCAACCGCUAUCACAACAGCCAACGGAGCCUCACCCGGAGGAUAUUGCAGCUACUCAAACGCUACCCCAACCUCCACAAAAUCUACAAUCAACCUCACAUCCAGAACUGUCCACUCAAUUGAAAGUUGAGAAGGCAGUGGAUAAGGAAGCGAAUACGACAAACUCGGAGCCAAGUACUUUGCAGCAACAAGCCUUGAAUGCACCUCAAGAACAGCCCAAGUCAGCCGAAGAACUGGACACCGGACACCAACCAGCUAUAGCUCCAUCCCCAACCGUCCCCAAUCCACAACCUUCAAAGAAAAAUCGAUUUGAGGUUACAAAAGCUACAGUGAAUCAUGAAAAUGAUGAUCGGCACAAAGAAACAUCUCUUGAACCACCACAAAGGGCAACGACGACGACACCAACGGCGGUGACAAGCCUAGUCCCACCGCCAGCUCUAUCUUUGUCAUCAACGGCUUCUUCACCGUCAAACACGGCCCACUCAAAUAAUUCAUCGGUGACGAGUAACGCAAGCACGCAUGGACGCUUUUCGGUGCGGACUGUUGCGCCAACUGACUCUGGUGUCAGCUCAGCAACGACCUCUGUGCAUGCGGCCGAAUUGAAUGAUCACAGCCAUCUUGCCUCCGCACUUCCAAGUUCUUCAACAUCAACUACAUCAACGACUAUAUGCGCAUCGGCCGCAACACCCACAAGCAGUGGUGUCUCAAAUGUGUUAGCUGAAAAUGGUCCUCCGAGUGUGCAGAGUGCCACAAACAUACAUCUGCAAAGCGCUGCUAAUUCAUUGGCACUACUUGAGAGUGAAUUGAGAAAAGUCAGUGGUGUUCCUCCGGCAUCUACAAAUACUGCGCCUGCGGAAGUUUCAGUGCCAACAGAAACUUCGGCUCCCCCAACAAAUCCCCAACCGCUAAAUCCUCCAUUACCAAGCGUCUUGCCUUCUCACUUACAGCCAUCGAUCCCUCACACUCCAUCAAAUGAAGGGCUCGUGUCGUCAAAUCACUUGCUAAAUGACUUGUCAUCGCGGCUUCUUGAACUUCAGAAUCAAAAAGAAGAGGAAGAGCAUAUGGAUGGCGGUGGAAUGAUGCCCUCAAGACUGGAUACGCUCAAUGGUUUAGCGAACGCAUUGCAAAAGGUGAUUCAUGCCGAUGCUGUUAAAGAAAUGGAUCGUGAUUUCUCCUUACAGCUUCCACCCGAUGGGCGGCAUUCACCCACUGAAGGAGAAUUGACAGAUAACAUCGCUUCUGCAAUAACAUCGUCCUCACAAGCGUCGCUGCCAACAUAUGAGACCUCGACGACAUCAUUUCACGAAGAAGAGGACAGUCGAAAGAAUACCGUCGCGAAGCAAUCAUCGACGUUGGCGAAUUUGGAGUCGGCGCUAGCGAACACGUUGGGAACGGGUGGACGAACGAGCACAAUCGAUGGGAUUUCAACGCCAUCACCGGGAGGAUACCCAUCAACGUCAACAAAUGCAGUCUUUCAUCUCGGAUCACCGCCAUCACAUUCGCCAAUGUAUACGACCGAAUCCGAAUUGGAAAAUUUGGAACUGGCUAACUAUGACGCAUUUGAUGGUGAUUUUGAGAAUGAGGUGAUUGUGAAGCAAAUCCGGGCAAGACAUCAACGGGAAAGAGAUGAGCUCUUAGACAAACAGAAGAAAGAAAUUCAACAGGUUUUAUCCCACUUCCUUCAUACGAAACAGCUCACGACAAGUACGAGUGCGUCGAGAAAUGCGGCGACUCCAACGGGUGUUUCGUUGAUGGCCGCUCCUUGUUCACUUCCUUCAUCACCACCACCGACUACAUCCCAUUUUUCAAAUUCGGAUCAUCAUUAUCAACAUCCUCAACACGGGGGAAUCACGAGUCUCUCGGACGCUUUGGAUGCUGUGAUCUCUCGCGGUCCCCAUGCUCGACAAACAUCUGCUCCACCGAAGCCUUAUCGAAAUGAA